GUCAUCACCUAGAGCUUGGAGGAAAAAGAAUUGCGUUUAGGAAACGCGAUAGUGCGAGAAAAAUGAGCGGAACAGGGAAGAAAGUAGUCGACGUGGCGUUCAAAGCAUCAAAGAACAUUGAUUGGGAAGGGAUGGCGAAGCUUUUGGUCUCCGAUGAGGCUCGCAAAGAGUUCGCCACUCUUCGUCGCACUUUUGAUGAAGUUAACUCCACUUUGCAGACCAAAUUCAGCCAGGAACCUGAACCUAUUGAUUGGGAAUAUUAUAGAAAAGGAAUCGGCUCGCGCUUGGUGGAUAUGUACAAAGAGGCUUAUGACAGUGUUGAGAUCCCCAAGUUUGUUGACACAGUCACUCCUCAAUACAAACCAAAAUUUGAUGCCUUGUUGGUUGAAUUGAAAGAAGCUGAAGAGAAAUCUUUGAAAGAGUCUGAACGUUUGGAGAAAGAAAUUGCUGAGGUUCAGGAGCUGAAGCAAAAGAUCAGCACCAUGACAGCGGACGAGUACUUCGAGAAACAUCCCGAGCUGAAAAAGAAAUUCGAUGAUGAAAUCCGGAACGACAACUGGGGUUAUUGAGACAUCUUUGGUAAUAUAAGGGCCAAGGUGCAAAACAGUCUACCAGUAUUUCCGAGUUGAACUUUGUUUCUUUUUCUGUUUUGAUCCAAAUGAUGAUUACGAAAACCCACAUUUUGUGUUGAUUUGGUUGAUCUUUUUGUUGGAAAUGUUGGGAUCCAAUAAUAAUUCACCAAAGUGGAUAUUUUAAAACAUGCUUUUUCA